UGUAUUUCCGCUUGAGAGUCUUCUUAAAAAUAAAAUUUAUAAAUAAAAUAAUUACGCUUAUUGUGCCUUCUAUUAAUUAACUAAUUAAUUAAUUAAUCAAUCCAGUAAUUACUUUCUUAAAUAAAUAAUAAUAAUUAAUAAUAAUAUUCAUAUAUAUAAAUAUAUAUGAGUAUAAAUAAAAUAUAAUAAAGUUGAUGAACUCAAUGGAUACAACAAGAACAAUUGAAACAAAUAAACAAUUAGACGGUAAUUGUUUAAUUAAUUAUGAAUUAACAACAAAAAAAUCUAAAAAUGAACAAGAAGAAGAGGAGGAUAAAAAUAAAAAAAUUAAUGACGAUGAUGGAAAAAAAUGUAUUGAGAAAAUAAUUAAAAAAAAAACAGAUUAUGAGGGGAGUGUAAUUAUUUGGCGUGGAAUUUUGGAAUGGGCAGAGCCGAUUAAAAAAAAUUUUGAUGCUAAAACUGUUGAGGAAAAACAAGAGGCUGGAAAUGGAGUUGGAGGCAGUGGAGAAGGCAAAGCAAAAAAUAAUGAUAAUAAAUCAAAAGAAAUAAUUUGUAAAUUACUGGUAUGGGAUAUCGAUGAUAAAAUAAUUGAAUUGAAAAAAAAUUUGCCGGAUAAAUUGACAAUGACUUUGAUGCGGAAACAAUUUAUUAGAAAUACUGAUAAAAGUUUUUUUAAUAAUUCUACUAGAACACUUUUUGAUAUGGAGGCUUGUGAUAAAUUGAAUUCUUUGACUAAAUUUAUGAACAGUGGUUAUUUUGGAUGCAUAUUUUUUUCAUCAAAACCCAACAGUCAAUCGUCAUUACAGUCGCAAUUAACGACUAAAAAUAAUAAAGUCUGUACACUUCACUAUGCAGCAGAGCGUCAAAUGUACAUCGGAUUUUUUUUAAAUGAUACAACAAAUUUUUUAAAUCGUAUGCACGAAAUAAUUCAAUAUCAGAAAGGAAUUGAGACAUUUUUUAAACCCGGUAAAAUUACAGUACCCAAUCCUGUGGUGUCUUCAUUUUAUAAAGAUUUCAUUGUUGAAGAAUAUAAAGGUGAGCUGAUACAACAAUUGAAAAGUAUACCGCGAAUAAAAGAAGAGCGUAAAGAACGAGCUAAAAUGUCACAUGAAAACAGUCAAUCAAAAAAAGUUAGAGAACGUAAAAAAUAUUUGGAGAAACAAAAAGUAAGACAACAGCAGCAGCAAAAAAUAGAGCAAGAGGAGGCAGAUAAAAAAUUAGAGGAAAUGAUGAAAUUUCAAAAUGAAAUGUUGGAUCGAUUACCGGUUGUUAAAUCGAGUGGCAAAAAUGACAAACAGAAAAUAGUUAAAGCUCGUGUUAAAAUAGAGGGUCAAAAUAUUGACGAAAUAAACAAAAUUUUUGAAAAUCGAGGAGUCAAAAUUGAGGAACGGAUGAGAGAAAAUGACGACAGGGAUGAGAGUAAAUUAAAUGAAUUAAUGGAAUUGCAGAAUAAAAUGUUUGACCAGCUGCCAAUUUUGGUUAAACAGGAGCAAGAAAUAGACGGUCAUAAAAUAGAUAUUGAAAAAAAAAUAUUUGUUCAAAAAAAAAAAGGCUCGGAGGAAAAUAAAUUUGAAAAAAUUCAAAUAAAAAUACAACGAAAGAUUUUUAUUGAACCAAAAAUUGACGAUAAAUUAAAACAUAUUAAUGAAAAAAAAAAUUUUUUACAACAACAAGUUUCUGUUAAACAACAAAAACAACAACAAUUACAAAGUUCAGUUCAACAACAACAAAAACAACAGCAAAGUUCUGCUAAACAACAAAAACAGCAACAAAGUUCUGCUGAACAACAACAAAAAGAUUUUUUUGAACAACAACAAGUACAAAGUUUUGUUGAACAACAACAGCAGCAACGCAAACAAAAUUCUGGUGAGCAACAACAAAAACAACAACAAAGUUCUGAUAAACAACCACAAGAACAAACUAUUAUUGAACAACAACAACAACAACAACAACAACAACAACAACAACAACAACAACAACAACAAAAUUCUGGUGAACAACAAGAAAAACAACAACCAAGUUCUGCUAAACAACAACAAGAUUUUGUCCAACAACAAAAUUCUGUUAAACAACAACAGCAGCAACAACAUAAACAAAAUUCUAUUGAACAACAACAAUUUUUUGUUGAACAACAACAAGAACAAACUUCUAUUGAACAACAACAGCAACAACGCAAACAAAAUUCUGGUGAGCAACAACAAAAACAACAACAAAUUUCUGCUAAACAACAACAAGAUUUUAUCCAACAACAAAAUUUUGUUGAACAACAACAACAGCAACAACAUAAACAAAGUUCAAUUGAACAACAACAAAAACAACAACAAUUUUUUGUUGAACAACAACAACAAGAACAAACAUCUAUUGAACAACCACAGCAACAACAUCAACAAAAUGCAGUAGAACAACAAAAACAACAACAAAGUUAUGUUGAACAACAGCAACAACAACAAGAAAAUUCUGUUGAACAAAAACAAAAUUUUGUUGAACAAGAACAACAAAAUUUAGAAAAAACUCAACAAAAUAUUCCAGAGGGUCAACAACAACAACAAAAUUUUGUCAUACAACAACAAAAAAUUGUAGAACAACAACAACAAAACAGUGAAGUCGAAAAAAAUUCACCCGACAAUCAAAAUUCAAGUGAAAUUGAUUCCAAGUCAAAACAACAACAAAAUAAAACAAAACAAAAACAAAAUGACAAAGUGGUAAUACUGCAAGAACACAAAAAACAGCAGCAAAAAGAAACAGACCGUAAAAAAGAUGACAAAAAAUUAAAGAAACAGCAGCAACAACAACAGCAGCAAAAAUUGAAAGAACAAAAAAAUUUACUGAAGACAAUAAACCAUCAGCACAAUCACCAUCACCACCAUCACUUGUCAUCCUCAUCUAGCUCAAGUAUCGUAACUAAAAAAAUAGAAAAAACAAUUCCGUUGCUCGUGACACAGAAACAUUCGAUUUUGUGGCAGGGUUUACUUGAGUGGCAUGAAAAAAUAAAGUGUCCUGGUGAAAACAAUAAACAAAUUCGAUUCAAUGUCCUCUGCCAAAUGCUGUCACACACGAGCGCAACAAACGCCGAAUUGAAAAUGAAUUUAUGGCCGCCAAAAUUGAUAAUGCAGCUGAUACCCAUGCAGCUGAUAAAUAGUAUCGACAAAAACUACUUUUUAAAAACUAAACAUAUUUUUUGUAAUCUCAUUUCCUGCACCACUUUGGACUCUCUGAUAAAUUCUAUGAAGACUGGCAAAAUUGGUUUGAUUUUAUUCAAAUCAGAUCAACAAUCAACAUCGAAAUGUGAUAUUAGAGUUUUUAUUCUACUGUACAUCGAAGAAAAACGCGCGUUCUUUGGGUCGUUUCCGGAAGAUCAAAUAACUUUUGCUAAUCAUUUGAGGAAAUUAAUUGAAUAUGAAAAAGGAAUUGAAGCCAUUAUUAAACUGAGACAUCAACGUGUUGAUAAUUCUAAUAAACAAACGGUUAUGAAUUUAGCUGACGCGUUAUUACCACAACAAUCAAAUAAUAAUAAUAACAAUAAUAAUAAUAAUAAUAGUAAUAAUAGUAAUAAUAAUAAUAAUAAUAAUAAUAAUAAUAAUAAUAAUAAUACUAAUAAUAAUAAUAGUAAUAACAUUAAUAAUAAUAGUAAUAAUAAUAGUAAUAAUAUUAAUAAUAAUAAUAAUAGUAAUAAUAAUAAUAAUAAUAAUAAUAAUAAUAACAGUACGAUUUUCAGUGCUGUUAAUAAUAAUAAUAAUAAAAAUAAUAAUAAUAGUAAUAAUAAUGGUGCCAAUGGAAUAAUAAAUUCCCAAAAAACCGAAUUUGAUAUUUUAAAAAAUGCACGUCAGCAAAAUUUAAUAAGAAUCCAAUUAUUAAAAGAAUUAUUAUCAGAAGCUGAACAACAGGAAGUUCUUUUUAAAUCACAAAUUGAAAUAAAUAUAAGGAAAAAUAUUGAAAUUGCAAGACAAGAAAUGAAAAAUAAGGAAGAGGCUCAAAAAGGAAACAAAAGUAUCGAUAGUUGAUUCGAGAGGCAAAAAUUAAAAUGGCUAAAAUAUUAAAUCGUUUUAUAAAUUUAUAUAAUUGUAAUUAGUGGAAAAUAUGUCGAUUAAAUUACAGAAUAAAUCUAAAUUGUGAAUUAAUUAAAUUAAGUCAAUGAAUUUAUACGAAAUUAAUACGUUUUACAUUAAUAUUUUUAAAUUUAAUGUAAUGAUUAUUAUUUUAUAAUCUUUUUAAAUAUAAAAAUAUAUUUUAUGUAUAUAUA